UUUCAACUCUUUCCUUUGCUUUACUGAUUAGCUCUCUCCCUAGUGCUCUUCAAAUCUAUUUUUACUAGUCCAAACUGUGGACCAGAGUUGUACCUUUUCUCACCCCCUUAGUUUGGGAUGGGUUUCAAACCAGGACGGUAAACACAAGACUAAUUCAGAGGAAUAUCGAGAUAAUUCAUUUUGUGUAUUAUCUUUUGGAAACUCGAAGAGAAGAGGACAUAAUUUGAUUGCAUUUGAUCAUCUCAUUAUUUUUUUCUGUCAUCCUUCCGUAAGAUUUGGAUCAUGAUUCUAUUUUUCCACAAUGAAAGUCUAGAAAUAAGUGCUCCUGCUGUGUUCUUCAGAACUCUUAAUCCACUUGGAAUCUAAAUGGUGCUAUUCAAUGACUGACGCCAACCUUGACAUGGCUCCUGUGUAGAAAAUCUGCUCCAGGCAGUGAUGGCUUGGGGUCUUGAUUCAACCUGUCCACCUUUGGACUAAACGCCUGUUGGGGGGCCAAGGAAGGCAUUCCCACGAAUAGGGACACGUUUACACUUUGCAUCACCAACUCUCAAUUCACCUUCUGUGUUUGAGGCAUCAGAACAUCUGCGUGAGAACAUGACAGAUCACAGAGACAAUCAUUGUCUGCGCAACCUCGCCUUCCACCCACGAUGGCGGGACCACUCCGUGAAAGUAAAGAGAAAAAGACAUUUAUGGACAGGGGUUUAUAACAGUUUUGAUGGAUGCAGUCAGUUAUUAAGAGCCUCAUCACCAUUGUCAUCACGAUUACUGUCAUCAAAACCACAGUUGCCAUCAUCCCCGGUGCAGCACACCAGAAGAAGAAGGGGGAACUGGUUUCUUCAGUUCCUCCUCAUCAUAUCCUUUUUCCCUUGCGAAGCCUGGGCAACUACCUUCAAGGUGGCUCUGGUAGGACCCUGGACUUGUGACAUCUUGUAUGCAAAGGCCCUCCCUGACUUGGCAGCGCGCCUCGCCACCAGUCGUAUAAACAAGGACCCCUCCUUGAAUAAAGGCUACUGGUAUGACUACACGCUCAUCAAUGAGGACUGCAAGUCAACACGUGCCCUUGCUCGCUUUGCUGAUUUGGAUGGUUAUGGUGCUGCUUUCUUGGGCCCAGCCAACCCAUCUUACUGCUCCUCAGCUGCUUUGUACACAAAAGAGUGGGAUAUUGGGAUUCUUUCCUGGGGUUGCCUCAAUCCAAUUAUCAGACCAAGUGUCAUGUAUCCUACUUUCCUGAGGCCACUACCGCUGUCCUCCCAUGUGCUUUUCACUGUGUUGCGGUACUUUCGGUGGGCCCAUGUAUCUAUAAUUUCCGAGGAAACUGACCUGUGGGAAGGCACAGGGAAAGAAUUGGCCUCUUCGUUGAGGGAUCUUGGUCUGCCUGUAAAUCCUGUGGUCACAAUGGAGACAGACAAGGAUGGGCCUCGCAGAGCACUGACUAAAGUGAAGGAAGCAGAUCGGGUCAGAGUUAUCAUCAUGUGCAUGCCUUCUGUCCUGAUUGGUGGCCAAGCCCAGUACCAGCUCCUGACGACAGCCUUAGCCAUGCGUAUGAUAGAUCGUGGAUAUGUCUUCAUUCCCUAUGAUACCCUGUUGUACUCACUACCCUACAAAGAUGCAUUCUACUAUAUGCUGGGCAAUGACACCAAGCUCCGAAAAGCAUAUGACGGGGUUCUCACAAUCACCAUGGAGUCUGGAGAGCGCAAUUUCUAUGAGGCCUUCAGAGAAGCUCAGAACAGCUAUGAAAUACGUAGCAGCACUCCACCAGAGCAGGUUUCUCCAUUCUUUGGCACCAUUUACAACAUGAUGUACUACAUAGCUAUGGCUGCUGAGCAGACCCGCACCAGUGCAGGCCAAUGGGUAACUGGCCAGAUACUCGCUGACAGUGAGGGUGACUUUAAAUUUGAAGGAUUCAACCAGCAAUUACAGGCGGGAAGGAACGGUGAAGGAAUGCAAGCCAGUUACGUGGUCCUGGACUACAGCGGCGUUGGCAACUCUCUCUACUCGACACAUUUUCUUCAUGCCUCUCACACAGACGGGACCACUGGGGGCCUGAAAUAUCUCAGCCGUUCAAUCCAUUUUGCAGGCAGCACUCCAUAUUCAGACUCAACUUGCUGGUUUAGUUCAUACUUUGCCUGUUCUGGAGGCAUGGAUUCUGCUACUCUUUUCUUUAUUUUCCUGCUGGUUGUGGCACUGGCGCUGUGCGGAGCAGUGUUGUUCAUUCAUUACAAGAAAGAUGGCAGGGUUGGGUUCAGCUUUGGUGCCAGUGGAAAUAGUGGAUCAUCCAAAGUGAUCCUUACCCUUGAUGAUCUGAUCUUUAUCAAUACUCAAGUCAGCAAACGGAAGCUGAAUGAUGACAGCAUUGUGAAAAGCCAGGUGGAUGUGAAGACGCCUCAACACUCGCUGUCCUGUCGCAGCUACCUAGCCUCCACACCAGACAGCUCAAAUGUUGCUGUGUUUGAGGGAGACUGGGUUUGGUUGAAGAAAUGUCCCAGUGGGACGGUGUCAACUGUCAACAGCAACACUGAGAUGGUCUUUGUUAAGCUGAGAGAAAUGAGGCAUGAGAACCUGAAUCUGUUCCUGGGACUGUUUUUUGACUCUGGGAUCUUUGGCAUUGUGACGGAGCACUGCACCAGGGGCAGCUUGGAGGAUUUGCUCGCCAAUGAAGAAGUCCGUCUCGACUGGAUGUUCAAAUCUUCCUUGCUAAUGGAUUUGAUCAGAGGAAUUAAGUACUUACACCACCGUGACAUCAUUCAUGGACGACUCAAAUCACGUAACUGUGUGGUAGACGGGCGCUUCGUGCUGAAGGUGACAGAUUACGGGUUCAAUGAAAUAUUGACCGCGCAGAACAUUGAAAUAGAGGACGAAAAACCAGAGGACCUUCUGUGGUUGGCUCCCGAGCUUCUUCGAAAUCAAAGCCAGAGAAAGAAGGGUUCUUUUGCUGGGGAUGUCUACAGCUUCUCCAUUAUCACCCAAGAGAUCAUUUCCCGCUGUGCACCAUUUUGCAUGCUGGACAUGCCUCCUAAAGAAAUUAUCAGUAAAGUCAAAGAGCCCCCUCCAUUGUGCCGGCCUAUUGUAUCGGUGGAAGAGGCCCCGUUGGAUGUAAUACAGUUAAUGAAGCAGUGCUGGAGUGAGGAUCCUGACAAGAGGCCAACAUUUGAGGAAAUAUUCAAACAGUUCAAGGGAAUCACAAAGGGCAAAAAGACCAACAUUAUCGACUCUAUGCUGCGGAUGUUGGAACAGUACUCGUCCAACCUUGAGGAUCUGAUCAGAGAGAGGACAGAAGAGCUGGAAGUAGAGAGACAGAAGACAGACCAGCUUCUGUCUCAGAUGUUACCCAAGUCUGUGGCCCAAAACUUGAAGAUGGGAAAACCUGUCAAGCCAGAGCAUUUCAGUGAGGUCACGCUUUACUUCAGUGACAUAGUUGGUUUCACAACUAUCUCAGCUCUGAGCGAGCCCAUAGAGGUGGUUGACUUACUCAACGAUCUCUACUCACUAUUUGAUGCAAUCAUUCCUCUGCAUGAUGUUUAUAAGGUAGAAACUAUUGGAGAUGCCUACAUGGUAGCUUCAGGAGUUCCCUCCAGGAAUGGCAAUCGUCAUGCAGCUGAAAUGGCCAACAUGUCCCUUGACAUUCUCCAGUGCAUCGGGACCUUCCGAACGAGACACAUGCCUGACCUGAAAAUCAGGAUCCGCAUUGGUCUGCACUCCGGCCCAGUCGUAGCAGGAGUAGUUGGGCUGACCAUGCCUCGGUACUGUCUGUUUGGAGACACUGUCAACACGUCAUCUCGAAUGGAGUCCACGUCGUUGCCUUACAGAAUCCAUGUCAACCAAAGCACAGUUGAUAUCCUGAACACCUUGAAUCUGGGAUACAAGAUUCAAGUCAGAGGCCUGACAGAGUUAAAGGGUAAAGGUAUUGAGACCACAUAUUGGUUGGUGGGGAAGGAAGGUUUCAACAAGCCUCUGCCAGUUCCUCCAGACCUUCAAGGUGGAAAAGGUCACAACAUCGAUGUGGAAGAAAUCCCUCCGCCCAGAAGACAAAAAUUCCUGGACAGACAGAAGAAGCAGAACUAGCCUGUGGUUCGUUGCUAAUGGCCAAGAAUCAGAAAAUGAUUAUGGUAUUUGCAAUCAACUCUAUAUGGAAUCCACAACCUGUGAAAUGGGAAUUCACAGUUUUUGGAUUUGUUGAGAUCAUAUGUGGACUUGAAAUGACUUUUCUUGGUAAUCAUAAAUUCUGUGUUAGCGUUUGAUGUCAGCAGUGCCACGAUAAAACCCCUAGAUACUAAAAAUGGACCACCUGCAGAGGACCACAUAUUUUGUGUUUGCGCAUCUGUUGUUUUUAUACCAGAAUACAGAUAAACAGUAUAAUUUUCCUGUCAGAGGUGCAUUACAGGUCUGAGACUUGCUGUCUCUACACAGAUUUCUUACCGGGAAGAGAUUGUGAUGGAUGUGUCUGCUGAAGUUAUCACAGUGUCCUGUGUGUUGUGUGCUUCUGCUGGGCCUAAUGUGCUGCACGUAUUUGUGAAGAACUUUGAGUGUUGUAGAGAUAUUGGGGUGAUUUGUCACAGGCAUCCCAACAACACAUCUAUUACAUGAAUGAACGUUUUCAUUGAAAAUGAAGCUCACUGGUAGAUGUUAGAACAGUCUCGACUUAGAAUUCAGGAUAGGUCUGGAUAGCUCUGAUUCUGUUUUUGUUACACCAGAAGUGUUCACACAAAUUGAAUAAAGCUAUAUUAUCAAAAAGGUGUUUUUGAGACACAAUGGUCUGAUUAUUUAGAAAUAAGCUCAAUUGUUUUUGACUACUGGCUCAAACCGUCUAAAAGAUAUGGACAUAAUUGUUUUAAUAUAAAAUGACAAAUCGGCCGUAAACAUUUUUCCUUGGCUUACAGACUCAUCAUAUCCUAUUCUUUUUCACUAACGAUGCCAUAAAAUGACAGAAAGUAUGCUUUUAUGUGUCACUAUUAAAAAUGACUUUUAAGGGUUUCCACCAAAUUCUUAAACAUGUAUGCAAACAAGAUCCAAACAGCCGCUGAACAACGCAAUUUCUAUAUGGGUUUCACCUAUAGCAGCUUCUGCCUAUUACUGACAGAAACAUGCAUGGCUGGAUGUGCUGUGUUUAAGAGGGUCUUAGUCCUUGUUUACUGCAGUGUGUCUGUUCACCACAGAUACACAGAAUCUCUGAUUUAACAGACUGAAAUGAUCUCCAGUGACAUGCUUUGGCAGAUUGAGCCCUUUCAUGUGUAUCGCCAUCUUGAGAGAACCGUCUGCCCAUGUCUGAGAUUUCCAACCAUUUAAUUCUGUUUGGGCUCUUCGGGGCUAAAAAGAGCUGCAUCUGAGGAUCCUCUGAGAUUUAUCGUUCACCUUGCAUGCCCACUUGCAGGGGAUCCUCCUAAUUUCACAGGGCUUAAGUCCAAUGAGUCCCUUUUAUGGCUUGAGGAUCUGUAAUUACUGUAAAUGUGUACAUAGUCUGUGUCCCGCACAGUUGGGAACUUUUUUUUUGGCUUGUUUACCCUGUUUUGAUUCCGUUUAAACCUUUGACAAAAAUGGAGGUGUCAACAAAACGCAGAGGUUUAAUUGGCGUGCAGUCGUAACGCAAACAGUUGCAUUGUUGGCUUGCUCGUUGCCUGUUGCAGCACUUACAAUAAGCAAUACAAUUAGCAAUAACAAGCAGCCGUUGUCAGGAUGGGUUUUCCCUCUGAAAACUGUUUUUUCCUUGGCGGCUUGCUGCCACUCACUUUUAGCUCACACCAACUUGUUCCAGUAUCUGUGUAUAGGCAAGAGAGCUGCACAUCUUCGUACUUGAUUAUCUGGUUGCUUGUGGUGUAUUCUUUCACACUGUUAGGUAUUUAGCAGUGCUGACUUUUCAAACAUGAUCAAACCCAUGGCUAAGAAUUAAAGUGAACAUGGCAGCAGCCAUGGGCAUCUUUCGUUCUUGGAUGGGAAUUUCAAUAUUAAAAUGGGUGUUUUUAUUGACAGGGCAAGAAGACCUAACUUUUCCUCGGUUACAAUCAAGUUGCCAAAACAGGUAGACUUAUGCUAAACUGACUGGGUUGCAUUAUUGACUUUUACAGUGAUCUCUACAGUGUUGUAUAAAUAAACAAUGGUUUUAGUGAAGAUUGUGUUUACUUGUCUGUCUUAUCACUGUCCUUUAACCCUGUUGAUAAGUGAUUAUUAUUCACAACUUUUGGAUCCAUAAAUGAUACAAUGCCAUUACAUUAAA